CCGCUUCUUGUCUAGUAAAACCGCACUUACCGCACUCUCCCCGGGUGAGAAGGCUGCACAGCAUGCAGAACCAGCAGUUAUCUCCGGCCCCCAGGGACAGGCUCAUCUGCCAGAUGCCUAAGUAUUACACAGCAGAAUCUUGCCUCCAGUAUAAAACUCAUUUUGAUGCCCAAGUGAAGAGUGUCUGCCAGCAACGCCAUGCCGGGAACUUUGGGUUGAAGAUGUCGAAAGUUGUAAUGGUGGGAGAUCUUUACGUGGGGAAAACCAGCUUGAUCAAUAGGUUUUGCAAGAAUGUGUUUGAUCGUGAUUAUAAAGCAACCAUCGGCGUUGAUUUCGAGAUUGAACGGUUUGAAAUCUUGGGCAUGCCUUUUAAUCUACAGAUAUGGGACACUGCAGGUCAAGAAAAAUUCAAAUGCAUUGCAUCUGCCUAUUAUCGUGGAGCACAGGUGAUUAUUACUGCUUUUGAUCUUGGUGACAUCCAGACGAUGGAGCACACAAAGCAUUGGCUUCAAGAUGCUCUUAAGGAGAAUGAACCUGAUACUUGCUCUGUCUUUCUUGUAGGCACCAAAAAAGACACAUUGUCAGCAGCAGAGUGUGAGCGGACAGAACGAGAUGCUUUGAAAUUUGCUGUCGAGAUGAAGGCUGAAUACUGGUCUGUCUCAGCAAAAACAGGUGAAAAUGUCAAGGAUUUCUUUUUCCGAGUGGCAGCACUUGCCUUUGAACAGUCCAUGAAAAAAGAGCUGGAGAAGAGCAAGCUUUGCACCGCUCAGAUUGGAGCUGGCAAUCUAAUACAACUUGAGGGGAAUCCUGGUGAGAAAAAGGAAAAUGAUCUCCAACAUAAUAUGAACUGCUGCUAACCAUAUCUGCCAUCACUAAGUUAGGAUCUGCUACCAGUGGUGCCCAGUUCACUUGUGCCAGUUCCCAAGGUGGCAGCAUAUUUUGACUGAAGUGAAUCUGCGGCAUCUUAAAGAUGGGUUGUAUCAGGUAACCCAUACUGGUGACAUUACAGCCAUUCAGUACAUCAGGACUACAUACCUCCUCCAGCUGUAUUAUAGUCAUGUGCCACGUCAUCCUAUAGCCUUACAUUAUGAACCUCGGAUGAUAUUUAUCAUGAAGAAUUUAUUGGGAUUUCUAGGAAAGACGUUGAAGCAUCACUUAAUAAUGUUGCUUUCUAAAUAUCUGAAGAUGCUAAAGGCUUGUGGUAUAAUUAAGCAUCACGUUCUUUGUCUGUAUUUGCAUACAUAUGAAUCAUGAAGUCGCCAGGCCUCCAAGCCUAAAUUUUUUCAGUUCACCCCUGUAUUUUAUCAUGUUUUGCUCACUGCCAUCUGUUUGUUUCAUCAGCGAAUAGCAGAAUGUCGAUGCAUCAUUGUAAAAGUUGGUGCCCUGGCAUACACCACAGUCUGACUACCACUCAGUGCCACUGACUCCAGAUGCUGAUGAACAAGGCAAUAUUCUCAUGACAUGUAUAUCAUGAAAAAUUCUUGUUAAUGAUUUUUCUUUAUAUUACACAUUGUCCAUUUAGAGAUUUUUAGUGUAUCAUUUUAGAUCUUUUUAAAAUAUUUCCAUACAUUUUGUUACAAGAAGAUUAAAAUAAAUAAUAUUUAAAAACCAAAUUGCAUAUGUGACUUAUUUUAUAACAAAUCAAGGUAACACUACAUAUGCCAACCACAUAGGCAGGAUAGCAGGGGCAGACUGGCCAUAGACUCUACACGAGAAUAUCCGGGCGGGCCGAUGCCCAGGGGGCUGCCUGAGCCCUCCUAAUGGCCUCCAGCCAGGUACAUAACGAUCUGAUACUCUCAGCAUUAAUUAAUGUAGGAGCAUCAGGCCAAAAGCUACAGGUGUCCUUCUGAACUCAACCGUAUCACUAUCCUCACGACGAUGAUACAGCUUCAUACUGUGGAGAGGGCGGCAGUAUUUAGUGCUGCACUGUGGUAUUUGGUUCUGCUGGGGCAGUAUUUUGUGCUGAAGUAUGGUAUUGCAGGCCCGCCUACUGCUGCCUACUU